AUGGCUGGCCGCAGGCGAAUGUUCAGGCCUCCUCCGCUCACCGGGGUCGGCGUGCACGGCAGGCCCUGGUGUAAAGAGAAUUUGCCUUCCCAAUUUUCCACAAACCAGGAGUACGUGCAGUUACAUCCCACCUUCAUGAACACCAAACGGUGGGUAUUUGUGAAAAAGGGACUGGAUGACUUCAGGAACGGCUGCCCUUCUUGUGAGAAUAUGAUCACUCGGGGCCUUCCGGAGCAUUCUGCCCCCCAGAGGUAUAGCAGAGGUCCCCGACCUCCCCCCACAAAGAGGCCGAGCUACCUGCCCGAGGGCGCAGCCCUGUGUUCCAGGCUCUCGGCAGCCCAGCGGGCGCGGAAGGCGUUCCUGGAGGACAUCGAAGCCCAGCUGACCCGGCACCCCCUGGCUCCCUACCCCGACCUGGAGGAAAGCAUGCCUCAGGAGCUCUUAAAAAGGGUGCUGGAAGUGCUGGAUCCUGACAAGAAACUGGGGGACGCAUGGGCUCAUUGUGAGGGUGUCGAGAAAAAACCCACGGAACCCACAAAACUGCUUGAAAAGUGUCCCACCCAAGACCCCAAGGAACCCACAAAACUGCUUGGAAAACGUCCCACCCGAGCCUCCCUGGGGCCUCCCAAGAAGACUCCUCUGUCGAAGAAUUCACGCCAAUCGCUUUCUGAAGGGAAGAAGCCACGCCAAUCACCUUCGGAAGAGAAGAAGCCAUACCAAUCGCUUUAUGAAGAGAAGCCCAGUGAAACAGAUUCGCUCCACAAAGAUGGUCCUGAUCCGUAUGAAAACGCCCGCAAAUCAGUUAGAGACUUCUGCGACUGGGCUGCUUCGAUUGGAAGCUCGAGGAUUGAUGAAGAGUACAUCAUGAAGCAAUUUGAUGUUAACUAUGAGAGGGAAGUCAGCCAUAAUGUGCUCCACUCGCUGAAGCUUGGCGAGAUACCUGGGGAACUAAAGAAGGGAGAGGGGUUCAAGAAACAGCAGGAGUCAGAAUUUUUCCAGGAACUAGAGCCGAAACCAAAGAAUACUUGUAAACCAAAGCAUGUGAAGAUGCGGUAUGGAGCCUGGUAUCUGAACCCAAAACUGUGGAAAAGACAAAGAGCAGAUGAACCUUUGAUUGACCCCAAGGCCUUACACAAAGACGAGAAUUUAAGAAAGGAGCAGAAGAAACAGGAGGAGGAGUUUGCAAAACUUCAUGGACCAGCUGCCUUUAAGAAUUUCAUUCUAAGGAAGGGCUACAGGAUGCCAAGUUUCCUGGAGAACAUAAAUACCAAGAAGGAAUGUAACUGUGAUUGUAAUAAGACUCCUGGAAAAUAACUCAUCAUAGAAGAGUUUAGUAAGAUGAUUAGACAGAUUUUAUUUACUAUAUAGCAUUUGGCUAUUUUUCUCUCUCACUGAACAUACGCAAAAUUUAUGAUGAGUGUCCCACCAUAGAUGUAGUCAACUUUGACUUGACUAUAUCCAUAAAUUUUAUACCUAAUGCUUAUGAACAUUUCACAGUGGCCUUCUGCCUUUGUUAAUCAAUAUUUUAUAUAUUUUUGCUAACU